UAAUGUGUCUAUUAAUUCCUAGUUUUGACGUCAAGAGCUCACUGGAGCACACAUGCAGUUUGUCACGAACUUGGUCGUACAUAUAACCGAGCGAGCUACAGGCCAACUACAGCGCGGCUCUUGCCUACAGUAUUAACCCGAUGAAGGUGAAUCGAAAGUUUCAUCGAUAUGAAAGACAGAGAGGAGUUUGAACAAAAUCAAUGCAGUCCUCCAGACAGUCCAACGAAGAGAAAAGUAACAUUCGCCGAUCAUCUCGGGCAGUCGCUUUGUUCGAUCAAGACCAUCACACCAAACAGUAGUGUGGAAGACCUGUCACCUCGCCGGCCGGAAAACAUAAAUUUCUUGCACUGYGACUUCCAACAGCCAUCAUCUUUGAAGGAUUUUAAAGAUAGACUCUCAGAACAAAAUGUAUGUUUAGAAAAUCUUGCUUUUUCUGGAUUUGCAGUCACCGGUACAGUGAUCGUGAAAAACAUUUGCUUCUCAAAAGAUGUUACRGUAAGGUAUUCUAUGGACAAAUGGAAAACGUACAAAGACGUAUGGGCAGACUAUGUGAACCAACUGGAAGGCGGACUCGAGGACAGAUUUCAGUUUCGCAUUUAUCUCUUGCAUAACAUCGACGCUGGCUCAGAACUAGAGUUCGCUGUCAGAUUUCGUGCAGGUCGUCUGGAGUUCUGGGACAAUAAUAACAGAAARAAUUACCGUGUAGUAUGUCGAGAACCAGUGGUAAUUAAAAGCCCAGGAAAAGGCUAGAUURAAUGGAAGUCUAGGACCUGGAAAAUAGUCUAAAAUCACUUGAAUUUCAAGCGUUUAGCUAUGAAUAGACAAUAAUGCAGAUCCACCAAAUAUCCUCGAGGUGUCUCGCAGACAGUAAAAAAUAUCAAGAAGUUGAGGUACUACUGAACUACAUGGUAAAAAUCACUACACAGUGAUUACUGAUCAUUAAAUUAAUGCAUGAAAAGCAGAUAACUCGAGAAUUACAAACAAAGUUAUUUUUCCUGAAUUUCUGAUAUUUAUAUCAUCGAUACAAUUAUUCGUUUGAUGAACAAGAGCAAGUUUCGUUAUAUAUUUGUAGACUGAUGUUCAGUAUCAUUACGAAUCCUUGCAUGCUUAAAAGUCACAUUUUCUACUGCAAUAUGCCUUAUUUAAGGGCAAAUAUCAUAAAUACAUUCCUGAAAGCAACAGAAUUUAAUUGUGUUCAACCAGGAAGUUUCUGAUGGAAUGAAAUACUACAAUGCAAAAAGGAGACGUUAACUAGCGUGUAAGGGUUUUGGACUCGAAAUCUCUUUUCGUGCAAGUAGAAUAUAUUAAUGGCUUUAAAAAGACGAGUGUCACGCAAUGUGUAAAAGAGAUAUAAAUAUACAUGGUGCCUUUUUUGUUUUGUACAAGGAUCAGUGUAUGAUCAGAAGACAUUAUUUUGUACAAAACGUUGAAUAUCUAAUACCGUAAUAUUUUUCCGACCUUUAUAAGGAUAAAAACAGGUGAUUGAAACAURUAGGCUGUAAUAUUUUUUAAUAAGAAAAUAAUAUAUAUGAGAGUAUAUAAUUAUAUGUGUACAAUAUAUUAAGUGUGUAACGCCAAACUGAACCAUUCCUUCUUUGUGAUAAAAGAAACUUUUGGGAAAAUUUAA